AUGGCCCCAGAUUUAAAUUCUCUUCCUCCUUCAUCUUUCCCAUCUCUACCCAUCCGGUCCAGAAUGUCUUCUUCGAACGGCGACUCUGCCAUGCCCUCUUCAACCACUGCCGCCGCCGCACCGCGAGGCGAGUCGCCCACCGGCUCACCGCGUCGCUUGUCGACCUCAUUGCAAGCUGCAGCUACAAUGAACGCAGGCCUUCAGCAUGAGCCCUCCAGACGUUCCUCCAGCGGCUCCCUCUCGCGCACUCGACAUUCUCCCAACGCUGGUCGAAGACGAUCUACAGUCUUGAUGAAUCUGCAACUCAACGAUCCCUCGCUUCCUGGUCCCGGAGAAAUGGUUGCAGACCCACAACACACACAGUCUGGCGGUGCUGCGAAUGCCAGCCCACAGCCUAUGGCAAGCUCCCCGCUGAUGCUUGCCAGCGGUGAUCCUCAUCACAACCGUGCCCCCAGUCUCGGAGAGCUCCACCAGGAGCUUGAAGCUGAGCAAGAAGCGCAAGUUAACCGGCUUCUUCAAAUGAUUCGUCAACAGCAACUGCAACUCCAGCAAUUACAAGCUGCCCAAGGACAAGGUUCCUCUGCUGUUGAGGACUCUGCCAUCGUAUCAGAGAGGUCGAAUCAAGGAACACCCAUUUCACAACCAGCCAGCGCCUUGCCACCGUCAGGCUUUACACCUCUUCCUCCUUCAGGCUCCUUUUCCCGGUCUCCCGGUGUGCCUCACCAUCCCCGAAGCUCAUUCGAUAUGGCGAGAGUAGACAUUCAACGCAGGUCUAGGACACCGAGCCGCGGCGCUUCUCCCAGACUACGAUCGACGUCUAUGAGCGGAGACAGCGGUGAUCACUGGGUUCUUGGAGGCCGUGAUGAGAGUGCUUUCUACCAGGCAGAAACACAAAUGCUGGUUAGAGAGAACCAAAUGCUUCGUCACCGCAUUCGAGAUCUGGAGAGGCAGCUGACGGACUUGGCUCCUGGAACGACAAGCCAGGGAAAUCCUAAUGAGCCUUCCCAUCCAUCUCAUCUCAUGAGGGCUACUUCAGCAGGAGAGGAAGAUUCGACUACGCCUUCCAUUAUUGCGGCCUCUUCCGUAGGCGGUACGAGCAAAGAAACGCAGGGAUGA